UCCGCCGACAGCCUCCACUCCUUCGCCCGAACUCCCCUGCCCAUCUCGGGGCACCCCCGCGCCGUGGAGAGCGGGGGGCCGGUCCGCGCGGGCUGCUCCCCAACUCCGCUCCAGGCCGGCGCAGCCUCUCCUCGGCCAGCUCCCUUGGGCAAGGAUGGGUUCUGCCCAAUCCAUGUCGGAGGAGGUCCGGGAACUCGUGAGCAAGACCGGUUUCUCUUCAGAACAAAUCGAACAGCUUCACCGGAGGUUCAAGCAGCUGAGUGGGGGCCAGCCGACCAUCCGCAAAGAAAACUUUAACAACGUCCCUGACCUGGAGCUCAACCCGAUCAGAUCCAAAAUCAUCCAUGCCUUCUUUGAUAACAGGAACCUCCGAAAAGCACCCAAUGGGUUGGCUGAUGAGAUUAACUUUGAGGAUUUCCUGAUCAUAAUGUCUUACUUCAGACCAAUUGAGCCCAACAUGGAUGAGGAACAGCUGGAGCGCUGCAGAAAGGAGAAGCUAAGAUUUCUGUUUCAUAUGUAUGACUCUGACAGUGAUGGACGGAUCACCUUGGAAGAAUAUCGAAAUGUGGUAGAGGAACUGCUUUCUGGAAACCCCCACAUUGAAAAGGAGUCAGCCAGAUCCAUUGCUGAUGGAGCCAUGAUGGAGGCUGCCAGCAUCUGUGUGGGUCAAAUGGUGAGCUUUCCUGGGGCAAAAAUAUGGGUGUCUAGCUCAGAGGAAGGGAGGGAAGGAAGGAAGGAAGGAAUGUGGCAGGGGAUAGACAUCGAGACCAAGAUGCACGUCCGCUUCCUCAACAUGGACGCCAUCGCCCUUUGCCACUGA